AGGCCCAAGUUGCCACGACUGACCGAAACCCGCCCUACCACGACUCCACCGCCCCCUCCCAGGUCGCCAUCAGGCCGCCAUGUCGUGCAGAGGAGCUGCAAUCCGCGCCGAGUCCGCGCGCGGACGACUCAUGGUGGGAUGUGUAGCCCUGUGGGCCUUCUACCGCGCAGCGGUGUGUCCCAGCUUCGUGGGCCCCGCGGCGAGCAGGGCACCACGUGGAGCACCACGUGGAGCACUACAGGCCGUUGGGAAUGCAGGAGACGCUGAGGAGACGAGGUUGGAGCACUUGUCCAACUUUUUGUGGGCAUCAGCGCACUUGAAGCGAAAAGUGCCGGCUGUCACCGAGAUUGUGCCAGACCUGGUCGAGGUAAUGCGGAACAACACUUCUCAGAUGAACCCCCAGAAUUUGUCCAACAGUUUGUGGGCAUUGGGGGAGCUUGCAGGAGGCUUGGGCAAUAUUUUUUGUUUGGGCAAUGAUUGUUUUAUUGACGAUUCUGAUCUUGUCGAUUCUGAUCUUUUUGAUGCUCACAAGAUCGACCUUUUGUGGGCAUUGGCUCACUUGCAGGGUUUUGGGGAUUCUUGGGCUGAUUGGCGCGAUGAACUUCUUGCCAAGCUUGAGCCACGACUUGCAAUAAGUCAAAUGAGAUUCAACAUGUGUCAAGGGGCUUGUGGUCUUUGGCCCAGUGGUGCGACUCGCUGGAUGCCAGGCGUGUACAGCUCGUGAGAAGCUUGUCGAGCCAAGGUGAGAGAUGUUUGGAGCAAAGCCAGCUGUCAAUCUUCGCUGUUUCAGCCGAUGACGUCUCCAACAGCUUGUGGGCAUCAGCUCGCUUGCAUAUCAAAUUUCAACAUGAUCAUGGUUUUGGAACUUAUAAUGGUUUUGAAUUUGUCAAAUCACUUGCCAAACACAUCCGGCCCACUGCGAGCAACAUGACUCCCCUGCAGUUGUCCAGCUGUUUGUGGGGCUUGGCACACUUUAAGGGCGCCGCAGAGCCUGAUGCUGUCGUCGCCCUCGUGGAGCAGAUCCAAGGCAAUGUGGAUGAAAUGAGUCUUCAACAAUUAUCCGAUUGCCUGUGGGCCUCCUUGCAGCUGCAGGAUGUGACACCUGAUGUGAUGAAGAUCCUCCCAGCUCUCGGGAGCGAAGUGAAGAACAAGGGUGGUGAGCAAUGAAGCCAGUUAAAGCUAUGAGCUGAGUGGUUUUGGCGUUGAGCUGAGUCGUUUCCACCAGCCUGGCAGCCUGUCUAUUGUCUUCAUGGACUUCCGCUACCUGGCAACAUCUACAGAGUGCUUCAUGAUUAUCAAUGCAACAGCCGGAUUUGAGUGCAGCGAUUGUAGACUCUGCAGUUUUGGCUGGGACAGUGAGCGCUCGUCGCCGACUCGUCUCUAAAAAUGAGCGGUCUCAGCACUGGGCGCGGUCUGAAGACGCAGGUCGGGAUCAAUAUAUAUAUAUACA